AGGAUAUUUUUAUUUUAAAGAAUUCUUUGACAUAACAGAGACUAAACAGUGAAAUAUACUUACUGGUGAAUUUGUCUUUUUAUAGCUUUUCUGCUGCCAAUAUUUACAAAUUACAAAUACCAAUUGUUUAAUCCGGAAUGUGCCUUGUUUUACGAAAAUGCUAAAUUUUAUAUUAUUGGCUGCUUUACUGUAGUAAUUGGCCUAUUUCAUGACACAUUAAUUGUUUCUAUUUUUUUAUAAGGAUACAGACAACCUAAUACAAAUUGAUUGUAUUUAUUGAAACAUUAUAUAUCUACAGUCGACCCCCCGACCUCGACUGUAGUAACACUGUUGAUAAUUCUGUUUUAUAUGGAUUCCAUGUUGUACGAGUCACUUAGAUUUUACAAAUACGUGAGCCAUUCACUGCCCGGCACGUGUAUUUUACAAAUACAUGUGCCGGGCUAUGAUUAUAACAGUGUUAUAGGGGGGUCGACUGUAUAUUAAAAUAAUGAUCUUUAUGCUUCAGCUAAGUUAUACACUCAUCUGCUUCUUCAUUAAUAUCUUCCCAUAAUAUUUGUGUAAAAAAAAAAAAUAUAGGUUUUAUUUUAAAAAAUAAAAAACUUCUGCGAGUUCCAUAAACAUGGUUAUUGGCCACCUCGUUAAUAUCUGCAAAAUUUACAGUAAAGGAAUUAUUAAAAUACACUACUACACUCACAAAUAGUAACAGAUAGAAACUAGAAAUUUGCAUGCAGUUUUGUUUUUUCGGUUUCUUAUCAGUCCUGAUGGAUUCCCUUUUUCAAUCUCCUCCAUAAUCGAACUUGGGAGAGGUACUAUAGUUCAUGAGAGUUUAAAGCUUCAUAAAAUAAUUUUAUGUAUGUAGUGAGAACUAAUAAUUGUUCAUGAAAUGGUGUAUUAAAAUAAAAUAUUUAAAUAGAUUUAUACAUUAUCAGACGAGAAUAUCUACAAUUAUUAAAUUAAAUAUUACAUAUAACAAUGUAUAAUUAACUGAUUAUUGUUACAAAAUUUUGUUUCCUCACAGAUAAUAUAUUCAGAUACAAGACUUUGCACAGUAUAGAUUAAUGUUAUAAUCAAAAUAUGUAUGUAUGUAUAUAUAUUAAUGGCAGAAGUUAUCCAAUUUCAUAUAUGUGAAGCAAUUGUUAGGUGCCAUGGAGUUGCUGCCCACUGCUGGCAAUCUGAUGCAGGUUUCUCCAAACUGUUCUAUCUUCUACCACAUAUGACAGUUCAUGCAAGAAUCGGUUACCUCCUUUAUCUGGUCUAGCCAUCUGGUUCUUUGUUGGCCCUUCCUGUGCCUUUCCUCUCUUCCCAAGCAUAUCUUUUUUUUUCUCCAGUCCUUUAUGAACAAGCAUCAAGUGGUCAAAGUAGGCCACACUUUGCUUCAGAAGCAUGCUUUUAAGCAACAGGGCAGGCUUGAUGGCUUUCAGAUCAGUUUUCUUUGCUCCAUGGCAUCCCAAGGAGUCUUCUCUGCACUCAGAGUUCAAAUGCAUCUAGUUUUUCCUCUCGUGCUUCCUAAGUGUGUAUCUUUCAGACCCUACAUAACAAUAGGGAAUACAAGGGAUCUAACUAGUCUGAUCUUGGCUUUAGUGGUUACAUCCUUACAUGAAGUUGUGGCAUGGCUUUUUUCCCAGUAAAAUUCACCAAACACUAGACUAUAGUAAAACAAUAGACUAUGUUAAAUACAAAUCUUUAGUGGGAUUUUUAACAGAGAAAAAUACUGUAGCAAAUGGUGGGUUAUUCCACAUCUAAUUGAACAGUCCAUCGUUUGUGACAGUAUUUUUUGUUAAGAAUUGCGCUGUAUUUAAAUUUGUGUUUAAGGUGGUCUAUUGUUUUAAUUGUGUUAAAAUUUACCCAUAAGUCAUGGCAUUAAGAUUACAACAGAAUAUUACAAUUACAAAGAACAAUAUAACAUUACUCAUUCAUAUCAUACUUAAUUCAACAAUAGAAUAAGCCGUGGUUUUUAAAUAAUCGGUUUUAAAUUUUCAAAACUUUAGUAAAAGCAUAAAAUAUUUAAAUUACAGGUGAAUUUUUUCACAAUCGGUUUAUCAUCAUCAGCUGACGUAACUUAUUGAGACAAAUUUAAAAACCAGAUAUUUCAUAUAUAAAUGUUUGUCCAAAGUGUUUAAAGUUAGAUAAAAAUUUCACAUUUUAAAUUUAGUUGCAGGAAAUUGAUAGUAAUUUUUUCCGUUACCGUCGAUACACGCGAAAACCUGUCGACUUAAUUCACUUGUGAUGUAUAGUUAUAAACACUGCCCCACCAUCUGUUGAAAGUGACUCAAACGUUUUAGUAUUCGCUUAUUACAUUUUUCCUCAGUUUAUGUUAGUGUUUCGAUCGGAUUUUAAACACGAAACCAACCGAAAAACAAUGGAAUUAUCAUUUUAUAUUCAGAUUUACGAACGUUAAUCAUCGAGUGAGGAACAUCGUCAUGGCCCAAUCUAAUCUCCAAGGAUAUCUUUUACUAAAGUCUUCGGGUGGAUUAAGCAUUUUGAAGCCUCCAAGGAAACUUUGGCUGGUUUAUCGAAAUGAAAACUGCCAACUUUUUUGCUAUAAAAAUGAGUUUGGGAGCGAAAAUGGAUGCAAGGCUCCAUUGGAGAUUAUUAACCUUCAAAAGGCGGCCAUAACGCCACACGCCGAAGAAAAUAAUCGAUUUAUUAUUUACUCCGAACAGAAAGAAUAUCACUUAUUCGCGGAUGAUUACGAAUCCAUGAUGCGAUGGAUUAUCGACUUGCAGAGGAGGAGAGACGAAUGGAACAAUCAAUUCAACACGGCACCCAUUCGCUCGGAUUACGAAGAUACCAAUUUUGAAAACAGAAACGAAAUGCUACCGAACAAAGAAGAAAUGCAAAUUGUACUUCACAAUACCAAAAGAGCGGAAGAAAGAUGUGAAAUUAGAGCGAAUUUUUGCUUUUCGGAUUACUCAACUGGUCAACUUGGCUCCUAUAAAUUCAACAAAAGCACUUCAUCAACUUCGUUACCUCAAGAGGAAGACGACGACAUAACAUCAGAUGAAAGGCAAAGAACAAAUUCAGCCCCCGAAGCCCAAACAGAAACAAUACCGAAAGUAUUGGAGGAAUCAAACAUCAAUUAUUUUCAUCCCGAAGAAGAAUGCGAUGGUUCGAUUUCUAGCGAUUCUGCCGUCUGCACCAGCGAUUAUCACAGUGUCAAGAUCCAAGAAAUGGAAGCAGAAAUGAGGAUGACUCAUAAAAUACUAUCUGAAGCGUUAUGCCGCGAAGCCGCUUACAAAUCGACAAUGGAAAGAUUGGAGGAUUUGGUGGAAGAGCUGGAAGAUAGAAUGUCCCGUUUGCAAGGUGGAGUGGGAUUUUGGAGAUAUCUUUCCGGAGAUAGGACUUUGGUGAAUUUCCGAAAAUUAGAAGAAAAAUGCCAAAUUUUAAAAAAUCACAACAUAUUCUUAAAUGAUGAAAUUCUCAAAUUAAUUAGAAUGUUACAACAAGAGCAAUUUCGUUUUCAAACCAAAGAAGUUCAAAUUCAAGAUAUAAAAAACCAAAUAGAACAGAUGAAAAGAGAUUACGUUUUCCUAUUCCUGUCAUCGAUUCGAAUUUUUUACGGAGAUGGACCCGAAACUACCGAAGUUUAUUUGUACGGCGGAUCCAGGCAUAAAGUAAGAGUGUUAUCUUUACUAGAAGAAGCGAGAAAAUUAAAUAAAGAUUUACCCACUUACGAUUGUUUAAUUAAGCCCUGUUACGUUGACCCUAUGGGAUUCGAGUACUGUUUUACUGAAGAAAGCGUCGUCUUACAUUAUAUUUGCUCCUUGCUGUAUACUCAUUAUAGUAAACAGCUUCGAUCGUACGAAAAACACGUCAAUGCCUGGAAUAAAUAUUGCAAGCAAGACGAAAAACUAUACAUAAAAAAGGAAGUAAAAUUUCUGGUCAGGAAAGGAGUUCCGGAUCACUUAAGGAAAACUGUUUGGAGACAAUUUUAUAGGGAUAAAGUUCAAGAUGUCAUGAAAGAAAAGGGGCCCUACUAUUAUAAAACUUUAGUAAACACUGUAACAGAGUCGCAGGUUAUUUUGUACCAUAACAGACAAAUUGCUUUGGAUUUAUUACGUACUAUGCCCAAUAAUAUACGUUUUUCUACACCGAAAUCUGAGGGUGUUAUUAAACUGGAGGAAGUAUUGCUGGCCUUUUGCCUUCAUAACCCUUAUCUAGGAUAUUGCCAGGGGAUGAAUUUUUUAGUUGGGAUGUGUUUACUGAUAUUUGAACCCGAAGAUGCAUUCUGGUGUUUGGUGGCGAUAACGGAAAAAUUUUUUCCUGUUACUUACUUCGAUCAGAGUUUAAUCGGUGCACAGGCCGAUCAGGAAGUUUUGAAAGAUUUAAUUAAAGAAAAAUUACCGAAUUUAUACCGUCACCUCUCGACUUUGGAUAUCGAUCUUCGUACCGUAACACUUAACUGGUUCAUGUCGAUAUUCUUCGAUUGUGUACCAUUUGAGACUUUACUUCGUAUCUGGGAUUGCUUCUUAUUGGAGGGGCCCAAAGUGCUGUUCCGUUUCACCUUAGCCAUACUCAAGAUGCAAGAAGAAGCCAUUCUCAAGAAGAAAGACACAGUUUCUGUUAUGAGACAAUUGAAGGCGUGCGCAAAAUUCUGUUACAACGUCGACGAUUUGGUAAAGGUGGCCUUCGAAGAUUUCCAUCCAUUUCCAAGAAGAUCUGACUUAGCGACUAAACAAACUUAUUAUGCAAAACUGUUAAAAGAUAGCUCGAAAAAAAGAGAAAGGAGGAGAAAAUCCUUUGCAGAUAUGCUUCCUGAAAUGAUGAUCGAUUGGAAAUUAAGUGCGACCAGCAGGCCUUGCAUCGAUUGUGCUACCGUAUACGAUAACAACAAACUGUGGUUGGCGUAUUGUCACACCAACGGUUCUCAGAUUGUUAAAAUCAAUGCGGAAGAUUGCAUCAUGUAUAAAUUAAACAUAGAGUGUGAAUCCCGCAUUAUAUGUAUGCACUCUGCAACAUCGGACAUCUUGCUUCUGGGUACAGUCUCGAACGUGGUACAGAUGUACGAUAACAAAAAUGGGAGAUUAUUAUCGGAAGUGAAAUUAAAUGAUUCCGUCCUUUGUUUACACUACCAAAAUAAAGAGGAAGUUAAUGUAAUAUAUGCGGGCCUCGCCGACGGUACGUUAGGUGUGAUCGAGAAUAUUUAUGAAACAGGGAAGAAGAAAGAAGUAUUUUACAUAAGUAUAGGUUCUAGUCCCGUUUCGUGUCUCUUGGAAUUAGACUGGAGACUUUUAUGUGCGUGUGGAAAUCGUAUAUUCAUCCUCAAUUCCAGAACGUUGGAUACUUUGAACCAAUUACAAAUUACAUGCAAUGAUAUGGAUCACAUUUCGAAUUUAGUGUGGAAUGGGGAUAACAUUUGGACUUCAGUCAGAGGAUCCUCCAUAUUGCACGUUUGGGACUCUCAUACACUAGCGUGCAAACUUAUCUUUGACGUCAAACAUAAUCGGCCCACGUGUCACUCUUCUAAGGAAGACGAUUCGUUUCUUCAGCCCACGCAUAUAAAUGCCAUUCUUCCUAUCGAUAAUGGGGUCAUUGUUGGCACUUCUGAUGGAUCGUUAUUAAUAUAUGACGUAGAGAAGAAAAUGUCGCGAAGUAUUAGUUACACAGGAUCCUCAAUUUACGAAUCGGUUGGAGAAAACAUUGAGGAGGAGGCAGGACCUCUAGAUAGACCCGAAAAUUUUAGAAUUACAAGUGAAAUUUCGUUGCCUUUCGACGUAACCGAAAAUGAUAUCGAUCAAGAAUUAACGAUUACUCUGCAACCAAGAGGUGAAUCAGCUCCUCCACGAUUAGGAGAGGGUCUGCAAACAUCUCGAGAGCUCUCAGAAAAUUCUCUAAUCUUAGAAUUAGAAAAUUACAAAAAUAAACCGAGGCAAUUAGAUGAUGCGGAAAAUAAAAGCAUUUCCUCAGUCAAUUUGCGUCAAGGAUGCGGAUUUUAUGCGGUUCGAGACAAUAAAACUGAUCUAGCGGAAUGUAAAUCGCUUUCGUUAGCAAACAAAAGCGAUCUUGUAAUUGAAGGAAAAGAGAUAAGCUUUCAGCCUGCUAAUUUAACUCCAGCAGUCAGUUUGGUUUCGUUUAAUAGCAUUGAUUAUCUCUAUUGUCUCGAACUUGUAAUAAAGGAGAAAAUUAAAAUUGGAGAUAAACCGAUUAAAUGCCUUCUGGACGUCAAAUGCAACAACGAAGUAAAUUUUAUAUCGUGUGCUGGUCUUUACGGAGAGGAGGAUGCAGUGAUGAAGUGGAGCAGAGAAGGAAAGAUGCUGUGGACAGGCAAACAAAUAUUAGACAUUUGUCCAAUUACACCCAAGCAAUCUUCGCUUUCAGAUCAGAAAAUGUUCAGCAACAGUAUGGUGGGUGCAGCUGGUUCAUCUUUUAUAAAAACCAGGAAAAAGUCGAUGGCCGAGAAAAUCGAAUUAAGCGGAAUCAACAAAGUACAAACGUUGUUUUCAAGUUACCUGGAAAAUAAAAAAUAGAAUAUAAAUAUAUAUAUUAAACAUUUAUGUAUCUUGUUAAAGUGAGAGAGAAAGGAACAAAAUUGAAAUAAAAAAUUUA